CUCGGGCAAACUCCACCGUGACGGUUCAAGUCAAACGGACUUUUUUUUCUUGAGGCAUCUGCACUUUGCAAUUUUCUGUCCCAAUAAUAGCGCUUACGUUUGUUUGUUGUUUUGACCAUGUGACUUUCACCUUUGGGCUUCAGAAAUGUUUUUUUUUUUUUUUUUUGGACAAUCGGCCAUUUUCCAGGUGUGGGCUUAUCAUGUUCAGGUUUAGCAACAGUGUGAAAAUUCAUGCAUUUCUUUCAGAGGACAAUGAGCCGCAAUUGUUUGUGAAAUUUCAAGUCAGUGACUUAUUAUUUUUGAAGGAUUAUAAUGUCAGAGGAAAGUUUGUCAGUUCUUUGGGGGUGGAAUUUUGUGAGAAAUCGCAAGCCAAGGGUAUUGUGGAAAAGAGCAUUCACUUUUUCAUAAGCGUCGCUGCUGUUGCACACUUUUUGGAUCCUGCGGCCGCGCGAAGCAAGCGCCGGUCUCGUUCGCCAUACGUGCGUCUCGCUGCAAGGCCGCUUCUAAUUCCCCAUUGAUCAGCUUAAGGCGCAGACAGAUCCUGCGGUCGGAACAUCAACGUAGCCCGAACGGGCACAAGCUAAUGCUGUGUGGCGCGGUAUGGAGCCUUACAUAAUAUUAACAACCUAAAAAGACCCAAAAGUCAGAAAAGUUGCCACCGUGCCGAAAUAAGAUAACACAGAGAAGAAGAAGAAAAUGACGACGAGGCCUAGUAGUUCAUAAAAAUAUCGUAUAUUAUUCAGUUUUGUCAAUGGUUCCAUCGUCUUUUUGGAAACAUGUAGAGGAGAAAAGGUGAAAUAGGCCCACACGGCUUGGUUUUAUUUCGGAGGUGACCGGAAGUGCUUCCCACCUUCGCCGGACUUUUAUUUUGCAAGUGAGCGGAAGUCAGCGGCGUCUUUUGUCUCGCUCGCCCGCUUUUUCUUUUCUGUGCACGAUUAAGCAGCUCAAGCAAAUCAAAAGCACAAAACACCUCCGACGUUUUGCGGCCCCGCUCGCUUUCCGAACCGAACCCCGGCCCCGGUUCACCUCCUCCCCGCAGCGAGAUGUUCCGAGCUCCCGGCGGCUGCACGCGAACAACGCCGCCGCCGCCGCCGAUACCGGUCCGGGGACACAGCGAUGCUUUUCAAACGGAGAGCCAGGAUGUUGCGAGCGCUGGCGUGCGGCCGGCUGGGGCCGCUUUGGAUGUGGAAAGCGCUGCUGCUCUUCGUGGCCGUCGCCUUCGCCGGACAACUGCUGGGAAUCAUCUUCAGCAAGAGCGGCGUCCGUCCGGCCGCCGGCUCCAUCUUCUCGUCCCCUGACGGCCGGGGUCCGUCUCUGGGCCCCUGCCGGCCGCGCACCCACAUCAUGUUCCUCAAGACGCACAAGACGGCCAGCAGCACGGUGCUCAACAUGCUGUACCGCUUCGGGGAGGAGCGCGGCCUCCGCUUCGCCCUGCCGCCGGGAUACCAGCUGGGCUACCCGCUGCCCUUCAGCGCCCACCGAGUCAAGGGCUACCGGGGCCCUCGAGCGGUGGAGUUCCACGUCAUGGGCAAUCACAUGAGAUUUCAGAAAGCCGAGGUGGAGAAGGUGAUGCCCGCGGACACCUUCUACUUCUCCAUCGUCAGGGACCCCGCGGCUCUGGCCGAGUCGUCCUUCGCGUAUUACAAAGAAGUGGCGCCCGCCUUCCGGAAAGCCAAAAGCUUGGGCGACUGCGACGACCCCGGCAAGUACUACGACCCCCGCGCCCGCAACAACCACUACGCCCGCAACCUGCUGUGGUUCGACUUCGGCAUGGACCACAACGCCAACUUCUCGGCGGCUCUGGCGCGACGCGGCGAGGCCGUCGUGCGCCAGACCUUCAAGCUGGUGCUGGUGUCCGAGUUCUUCGACCAGUCCGUGAUCCUCCUGCGCCACGCCCUGUGUUGGCCUCUGGACGCCGUCGUGUCGUUCAGCCUCAACGCGCGGCAGCGGAAGCCGGACGGCGACGGCCGGGCGGGGGGUGUCCGGAGCGGGCGCCCGCCGGCCGGGGCGCCGCCCGAUCCGGUCCUCACGGACGGACAGCGGGAAAAGCUGCGCCGGUGGAACGCCUUGGACUGGCACUUGUAUCGGGCCUUCAACCGGACCUUCUGGCGGGAAGCGGACGCGUUCGGCGCGGCGCGGAUGGAGCGGGAAGUGGCGCUCCUGCGCAGCCGGCGCGAGGCCCUGGCCGCGGCCUGCCUGCGCAACAGCGGCGAGCCCGUGGAGGCCCACCGCAUCCGAGACAAAACCAUCAGGCCCUUCCAGAGCGGCCCGGCCAAGAUUCUGGGCUACGAGCUGCGGCCGGGGCUGGACAACGGCACCGCGGCGGCCUGCCUGAGGAUGAUCCGCCCCGAGAUCCAGUACAAAGACGCGCUGGACGCCAAGCAGUUCCCGCGGCCGCAGUCGCCGCGAGCCCCGCCGGGGCGGCAGAGCCCCGCGCUGGCCUCUGACGGGUCUUUUUUCAAACAAGACCCAUCGGGGACAGGGGAGAAGGGACGGCACCCCGGGGGCAGGGCGGGAGAAGAGGGGCCCCGGGACCGGGACGGGCGUUCGAUGAGCCGGAACCGCAACGAUUCCGCAGCGAGGACGAGGACGCGGGAAGCCGUUUGAGCGGAGCCCGCUCGGAUUCAAAACGCUUCCGUUGUACUUCCGCGUUGGGCCUUUCGCUUGCGGACGCGUCAAGCCGGAUGACGGCUGCCGCCGUUCCAAAUGAAACGAGCGCAGUAAAAGAAACCUCGAAUCGGGGGGCGAGGGGGGUGCGAGGGGGGGGGGGGGUCCAAAAGUUACAACCAGAAAGUUGCAGUGAUGCGAGAAAAAAGAAGAAAAGUUACCAGAUACGGUCGUAAGCUCACAUGAAUCAAGUCGGCCGGGAAAAGGUCGGAAGUUACACGACGGAGUUGGAGUUUUACAGCAAUAACAUCGUCCGGCUACGGGAUCAAGUCAUCGUUUUACAUGAAUUACGUCGGAAAUGAGAAAAGAUAAAAAAAAGAACAUUACGAGAUCCAAUUUUUCAAGUGCAAUUGUACUUUAUGCCAACAUAACCGCGCAAUUACGAGGAAAAGACUCGUAACGUUACCAUCUUUAACUUUAUCCGCGUCGUGUUAAAGUUCAAAUCUUAUGUGAUUAUUUGUUUUAUUUGUUUUGUUUCGCGACAAUGAAGUUGUCGUAUUAUGAGGACAAAAAGCCAAAACGUUACAGGAAUAACUUCGCUAUGUCACGAAAAAUGGCCGAAUUUUGCAAGAAGCGUAAUGUUACAGAAAUAAAGUUAAGAGAACUUGAUUUUAUUUUGAGAGUUUUAAGUCGGAGUAUUAUGACUAAAAAGUCCUAAUGUUACAGGAAUUGAGUCAUAAUAUGAUAACAAUUUCGUAACUUAGUGAGAAUAAAGUCAUAGUGUUAUAAGAAAACAUCGAGUUAAAGGGAAUAAAGUUGUAAUGGCACGAGAAAAAGGUCAUCAUUUUUCAAGACAAAAGUCGCAGUGUGACGAGAAAAAGUUCGUAAUAUUGCGAGAAACUGAGAAAAAAAAAAAAAGCCCUUAAGUUACAGGAAUAAAGUUGUAAAGCCUCGAGAAAUAAGUCAGAAUUUUCUAAAAGCCGAAAUGUUACAGAAGUCGUAAAUGUUCCCCAAAAUAAAGUAUUUGAACAAGAACGAAGUCGUAAUACGCAAAUAUUUGAUUCUGGUCAAAUGACGGCGUUUUUCUCCCAAAAUUGCAACUUUUUCGAGUAAUAUUUGGACUUUUUUUUUCCCCCCCCUCUUUUGUGGGCGGACUGCAUUCCCGUUAGUGUCCCAGUUGUUUACCUUGACGUAUUUGUACAUUGCUCGAGAAGCCACUUGGAAGAUACAUAUUCCGACCACAACGAAGAAAUAGUUCACGUGUUGCACAACAGCGGCUGGGAGAAUUUAGUCGGCUUUCGAACAAAAAGGGCGAGCGUUUGCAACAAUUGAAACAUUUACAUAUUUGAUGGGAUUAUUUGAAAGAUCUUCAUGUGUUUAUUCAUCAAAUUCUGAAAUUAAAAUGCAGGGCAAAGCUUUUUGUUCAAUUCCCUACUAAAUUCUCAAAUCGCGCCACGAGGCGUAUACUGUAUUUCCUCAAAUAGCGGACCCUGCUUUUUUUUCUAAAUGCCGUGCCUCGACUAACGCCAUGAAUAAAUAAGCAGCCUUUUUAAUUAUUUAUGAAGGUAGAUAUUAUUAUUGAUUAUUUAUGUGUACAGUCUGAUAUUACAUAUUCUAAAAACGCAUUGGUACGAAUGAAGGCCUUCUCGCUAAUAAUAAUAAUAAUCGUACUGUGCCCUAAAUAAACAUCCCUGGCCACUAUUUGAGGAAUAUUUUGCCACCGGAGAAGCCAAAUCAUGUGAUACUUGUCUUUUUCUCCUCCUUCCUUUCUUUCUUUCUUUCUUUUUUUGUAAUUACCGCAUGGUUUUCCGGAACCCAACAAUGCGUCCAUUCAUAAUUUGUCACCGGACUCUGACCAUUCGAGUUGACAAUGACCUUAGUGUUCAAGUCCACGAAAUAAAAAGGUCACACCAACAGACAACAGAGUCCCGAGCUAACUUUUCCAGUUGCACCCCGUCAACAAAUACUCUUCAUGAACUAUUAGUCGAGAACACAGCAGAUGUGAAUUUGACUUCCGUAUACGGUCGCUCACGCGCCAAACACCAACUCGUCUCUCACUAGGCCACGCCUCUUCAAGGCACACCCGACACACCAAUGCUACGUGACGUACUUAUUUCUUUACAUCCUCUUAUUAGGAUUAUAUUUUUUCAUACAGUACAGCUCUAUUUUUUUUCUUUAGUAGUUUUUUUUUAUUAUUAUUAUUUUUGGGAGGCGUUCUUUUUUUUUUUUUUUUUUUUAAAGUCAAUAUUAUGCACAUUUUCUUCAUACAAUUAGCGGGGUUUCAAGAAAAAAAGUGGUAAAAUAGUCACAAUGUUACAAGAAAAAAGGAGUAAUAUGAUGAAAAGACUUCAGUUACAAUCAUUUCUUUUUCAAGAAAAAAAAGUUGAAGGUCUCAACUAAAAUAUUUCACAUGAUGUAACACAAUCAUUUGUUGUUUUACAAAAAAAAAAUAAGUGGUAAAAUUACAAUAAAUUACUUGCAAUGCCAUGAGAAAUAGUUUUUACAGGAAAAAAAAGUAGUAUUAAGUAGUACAACUCUAAUGAAAUAGUCACAUUGUUACGUGAACAUAUGCAAAAAAUAUGCCAAAUGAGAAAUAUGAAUUACGUUACAACAAUGAAGUCAUCAUAUUACAAGACAACUUGCUAAAUGUUAUGGAAAUAAAGUUGAAUACUAAUUAUAUUUAACAUUUUGUCCUAUUGUUAUUG